AUUGAACGUUUAAAAGAAGAGACAGCUCGAAGACGAAGAGAAAGAGAAGAGAAACUGAGACUUUCUGCGGCCCUAAAGCCUACUGUCCCCGCCUCUCCAUCGCCCUCAUCUGCUCCACCCGUCUAUAAAAACCCGAACCUUAACGUCAGAGAUUUUGAGUCAAGAGUUCUAAACAAAAUGAUGGAAAGAGAAAAGUUGGAUGAGAUGAGUAGAAGAGAGGCAUCCG